UUUUAUCAUCUCCCUCUUAUACACUGGUGUAUAUUUAACACACCGCUUAAAAGGGCUUUUCUCCGCCUCUAAUCGGGGUGUCGUGCGCAUGCGCAAAUGCCGCAUGGCUGCUCUGGCACAGCUGAGCUGACCCAUAGGAAGAGCAUUGCUGCUUCCUCAAAGGAGCGACCACGAUGAUAGACGGCUGUCUCAUUAACAGAGCCAGCUCCUCUCGCAGCUGCUGAUUGGUCGAGGCUUUCUUCUCUCCUGACUCCUCACGUUUCUUCCUCUCUUUGAAGUCUGGAGCUUAACUAGACCCCAGGAUCAGUAGAACCUCUUUGAUGAAUGUGUUUUCAGCCCGAGCUUACAGAAGAACCCGCUUAGACAGGAAGUGACAAAACAGGAAGAUGGAAAGUUCAGCAGCAGAGUCCCGAGCCGAGAGGAUUGCUCGCUACAAAGCCGAAAGGAGACGAGAGCUGGCAGAGCGCUACGGAAACCAGGAGGAUGAACUGCCAUCUAACUGGUCAAAGAGGGAGAGGGAAGGACGCGGCGCACACCGUGACUCCACCUGCUCUGACAGGAACCAAUCACAUGGAGUUAACAGAGACGUGAAGGCACGUGACUCAGCUCCGGCUGAGGAAGAGCUCAUCAUCUCCAAUGGAUGCAACGGAGACGCUCGCCCCGGGAAGACCAACCUUAACAGGCAGUGUGUGUUUGAUUCGUCCAACAUGCCAGCUACGGAAAAUCAUCCCGACUCGGACGUGACGCAGCUUCACACUCGCGUAUCAGUGGGUGAACUGAAAAGGGCCCUGCUUCAGCAAAGCUCAAGCUCAGCUGCCUCUGAUAAAGUUGCUAAAGAUGGAGGCUCUGAUGCAGUGACGGAUUCAUCUGUGAAAGCAGGAUCUGAUGGCGGUCGUCGGCGUACUCGACGCUACAUGCCCGCAGGAGGUGCUGGGAGCCGCAAAACCAGCGAGCGUUUCCGAACGCAGCCAAUCACGGCCUCCGAGAUGCAGGAGAGCGACGGAGUCAUGGAUAAGACGGAUCAAGAAAACUCAGCAAACGUAAAGACAGACGAGAGAGCCAUGAUGAGCGUCGCUGCCAAGAUGUCUCUGUUUAAAGAGAUGGAGAAGACGGCAGCUCCGGAGGUUUCCUCUUUCCUGAGGCCUCGUUCCAGCGGCAGUUUUAGGGACUCUCGGGUUCGCCGAGCCCCCACUCAGCCCGUCAGCUCUGAAGAUACUGGAGCGGCACACAGUAGCGCUCCGGUUGCUGUACCAGGUGAUACCCAGCCGGAGCAGACGGAGCAAGUCGAGGCAGAGCAGGAUGAUGCCAGCUCCAAGCUCUCUCUGAGUGAGAAGCUGGCACUCUUUAAUAAACUUUCUCAACCAUUCAUGCCUAAAGCUCCAGGGGGGAACAGCGGUUCAGCAGAUGCUUCAGAGAGACGCAGGCAGAGGGCAGCACGUUACCGCACACAGCCCAUCACUACAGAUGAGGUCAACCUGGUCAAUGUGCAAAAAGGCCUUGUCCUGCUUCCUGCUCUGCAUCUACCCUCUGGUCUCUCUGAGAGGCAACAGGCUGAAUCAGUCAACCUCAAGCCCAGCGAAGUGUGUCUCUCAGGCUCACAGUCCAGGCCAGCGGAAGAUCAAGAGCCCAAGCCUGUCUUGCAGGUCAAGGGCAUCCUGAAGAAGACCAUCUCUGAAGACAGGAGCUUUAAGGAAGGAGCUAAGGCAGACAGCAUCCCUACCAGACAAAUGCCGGUACAAAACGGACAGUGGCGCAACCAGAUUUCACUUGUUACAGCAGGAGAAUAUUCUCCAGCUCCACGGUCUACUGCCCCCUGGAGGCAAAGAGCGAGAAAGGACAUCAUCGCUUCCUCUCAGAGAACUCGCAGGCCCGUCUCCAUGACCGACGACUGCCUUUCAACGCCACUGAGCACAAGAGAAGGGUUGUCUGAAGUUCAGGGAGGUGCAGAAGAACAUGAGCAGAGGAAUGGGAUAAUGGGAAGCAUGCCACCAACCCAGGAAGAGAGCAACAUUGCACACGAGCUUCCAGCUCAGUGUUGGGAACCCGUCUAUUCCUCUGUUUACUCUUUUCCUAGCUCUCCCUCUCAGUACAAGAUGUUUUUUAAUGAGAGAAGUCUGUCGUAUGAGGCUCAGGAGGUUUCCUCACCCACUCAAACGCACAGCACAGAUAAGAAGAACUCCGUGGAAUCUGAGGCUUUCGUGCAGAUAGAUGAUGAGACGCUAUCAAAGUGUUCUGAUGAACCACAGAAACUACAGCAGCCCGUUGCCAUGGAGAGAGACAAAAAUGUUGCGACCUCUGAUCCCUCAUUCCCUGAGUGUCAGAGCAGUCCAGGAGACACAGAGCAGGACCUGAGCACCGUCUGCCAGUCCAACACUCCCAUAUUGAGCUCUGCGGUGACGGAACACCGUCGCUCGGUCCGUCCAUCCCGCCGUACUCAGGGUUCGAGGAAUCCGUUACGUGCUCUCGCAGCCCGUGACGACGUCAUGCAGGACUUCAUGCAGGCCCAGGACAACCCCGCUGCCAUGGAAACCAACAAAUCUGAAAAGAAUCACAGCUCCACUAACACUGCAUCUGCCAAGUCCGUCCCAAACACUGUGCCUUACUGCAACCUGAUGCUGAUUCUUGUUAAAGGAUGCAGACGAGUGCAGGUCCGUUUGGUGGAGCCGGUAGUUCGCUCGCUGAACAGCGGGGACUGCUUCUUGUUGGUCACCCCAUCACGGUGCUUCCUGUGGACUGGGCAGCUGUCUAACACCUGCGAGAGGGAGAAGGCCUCUUCCUUAGCCUCAGUGGUCGUGUCCCAGCGGGAUCUGGGUUGCCAUGCAACAGAGAUCAUUCACCUGGACGAGGGAUUAAACACAAAUGACCCACAGGCUGCGGACUUUUGGGAACUUUUGGGAGGAAAAAACUCUUACAGUGGCUGUUCGGAUGACGAUCAGCACUAUGAGACUGCGAUAACAGAAUCCAACUGCGUGUACAAGCUACAGGGAGACCGACUCCUCCCACAUGAGCAGGGCUGGGCCUCAGUGCCAUGCCUCUCUCUGCUGGACUCCUCCCAGAGCCUGCUGUUCGACUUUGGCAGCGAGCUUUACUUAUGGCACGGGAAAGAUGUUUCCCCCGGUGACAGGAAGCUAGCUCUAUAUUUGGCUCAGCAGGUGUGGAGCGGAGAUUACGACUACAGCAACUGCAGAAUGAACCCCCUCGACCCCUUCGGGAGCAACAAUCAGAUUCAGAGAACAGGCGUGGGUCGGCCAGGUUGGGCUCUGUUUGGCCGUGUGUUUGAGCAGAACGAGACCGUUCUCUUCAGGAUGAAGUUUGCGGAUUGGGUUCAAAAGAUGGAGGAUGUGACUCCUAAUGGACAGGAAGCAGUCAAGCAGACUUCUUUUAUUGUAGACUGUUCAGCUGACAUGUGGUCAUGUGACGCCAAAGCCCUGUUCGCUGGAAAGUGCGUGUCAGGGGCGGAGCCUAUCAUUCUACACGGUUUGGACAUACAGAGAGGGCGGGACUUGGUCACUCUGGGCGAUGGCCAGCAGGCAAAUCUCAGCACCGUUUCUGUGGAAAGUUGGCACGCGGGCAUGGGAGAGGUUUGCAGAGUGUCUUCAGAGAGCUUGGGGCAGUUACAUGAGGAUAACACGUACGCUAUACUCUGGAAAUAUCGCCUCAGUGCUAUAGGCGUCUCUGAGGAUCAAAGUUUGGACCAGGAAAACUCCGCCCUUUUUAUCUGGCAGGGACGGCACUCGCAGGUUAACCGACUGGACCUGUCCCUACCGUUAUCCUUUGUGAAUGAGCCUCGGGUGAACGUAAAGGAAGGGGCGGAGCCACCAUGUUUUCUGCAGCUUUUCCAAGGAGGCCUCAUCCUUCACAGAGGACACAGCAAACACACUGGUGACUGGCACCUUUUUUGUGUAAGGGGUGCUGUGCCUGAGGAGGCCAGUCUGUUGGAGGUGGAGGGCUGCACCUCCAGCCUGCGCUCUCGUGGUUCUGUGCUUCUGAUAAACAUCCAGCAGGCAGCACUUUACCUGUGGCACGGUUGCAAGACCCAUGCUAGUGCGCGUCAAGUGGCCAAACACACUGUCCAGCAGCUCACACACACGCGUCCUCCUGAGAUGGGAUUGAGCAACAGCAAUUUGAACAUUCAGGAAGUAGAGGAAGGGGCGGAGCCUGUAGAAUUCUGGAAUGCUAUUGGGCCACAGGAUAGAAAGGCUUACGACUGCAUGUUGCAAGAUCCUGGCAAGUACAACUUCACUCCACGCCUCUUUCACCUGAGUGCCCAAUCAGGAGUGUUCAAAGGGGAGGAGCUGGAAUGCGCAUCCCGGGCAACUGGGGUUGUCACGGCGAUGCCUUUUUUUCAGGAAUGCUUAUACUCCGUGCCACAGCCAGCUCUCUUCCUGUUGGAUAACACGUUAGAAGUUUAUCUAUGGCAGAGCAGCUCGACUCAGAGCUCACAGCGCCCUCACUGGGACAUGGAGAGGAAAUGUGCCAUGGAAACGGCGCUUCAGUACUGCAGAGAGAGAAACACCAGACGGCCUCCUGUGGCUUAUUUUCUGGAGGAAGGAACCGAGCCUCUCACCUUCACAAACGUUUUCCCAUCCUGGGAGAGACGAGUAACACAGGCACCCUCUGUGCAGAAGAAGCUAACAUUGGUGAAGGAUGCAUUGGCGCUCCUCAACAGGACUCAGUUCUCUGUACAGGAUCUACUAAAGAGACCUUUACCAGACGGAGUGAACCCUCUGCACCUUGAGACCUAUCUCUCUGACCAUGACUUCCAGGUGGUUUUAGGAAUGAAGAGGAAAGACUACAACUCACUGCCAGAGAUGCAGCAGCUACACCUGAAAAAGAGCAAAGGCCUUUACUGAAGCCGCGUUUGAAAGACUACCGACGCAGAACCUGAACUACUGAAGCAGUUUCAAUUUCUAUGUUCGUUUUGUAGUCUUUUUUUUUUGGCUUAAUCCUAUUGCCUCGUUAUAUUACCCCCUUUUCCAUGUACAGUUUGAGUGCUAGUGUGUGUCUGUCUUUUGAGUGUUGUCACUUUAGUGCCUUACAGAACUUGAUCCAAUGAUUUUAGCCAAAAGUCCAGGGGUCUGAGAAAGACUGCCUGCUUUACACACCCUCAACUCAACAGGUGUCCACUUCCAAAGCUGUUCUGUUUUCUUCCUCCUUCCUUUCUCUUUCUCCACUUGUUUCCAUCUUUUCUCAUCUACAUCAAUAACCUUUUUAUUCCAGGUCUGGGGGGGGUAAAAGAAAUAAAAAUAAAUAAAAUCACAUAUUUUACUGGCCUGGAAUUAAAUCUGGUCUCUUAUCAGCUAUAAUAACAAAUAAAUUGGAAUGAAAAUGUUUUUCUCUACUCUAUGCAGAUUUAAUUGAACUGUAUAUAUGAGCAGUGAGCUGAUUUAAAAAAAAAGACGCUACAGAGAAGUAGAAUAUUAAGGAAUAUUCGAUCAGUUUUUAAUUUCAAAAAACGUUUUUCACCACAUCACUGGUGCAUGUGAAAACCACAAACUAUGAUUUCGACACUAAUUUUAGAAUUUUUAUGUGAGUUUUUUUCUUGGUGGAGGAAUUUAUCAAUUCUUACUUGAUGAAAGCAUGUCAGAGGGCCAAGAGGCCAAAAAUCUAAAGAGAUCCAUCAGGGGCUUAAAAAAAAAAAAAAAAUAGAAAUUCUUCAUUGUUUGUUUUCUGACUGAUUUUGGAUAAGGAGGAGGCACGUGCACACACGACCACGUCCAAAUACACAAAUUCCAACCAUUUAACAACCGACGUGGUUUGGAAAAGAAAUAAUGAGCGGGAAGCUGCACGAUCAGAACUGCGCGAUGCUUGCUGUUAACUAGCUGCUUCUACUGUAGCUCACUACCUGCAGGUUAUCAGUGGGAAGCAGGAUUAUAUGCUUUCUAGAAAGUUUUAAAUUGGAUCCAAAUUUUACAACUGCAGAAUGAUUCAUCAAAACUUAUUCACUGCUUUUGCAAAAAUCAUGAACUGUAAAAUAAACAUAAGAACAUUUACAAGACGUAUUUGCCAUACGUAAAAAAAAAAAAAAAAAGCGAUAACACCAGUUUUAAUUUCAUGGCUAGUUUAAUAACAAUGCUGCGAUCGCUGUGCAUGUGCUCAAUGUUAAGACUUAUGGGUUAAUAUUUAAUCUGGUGGUUUGGUAUUUGUUAGGUGUGUGAGCAGUGUGGAGAGGUUUGGGAAUUAAACAGGCUUUAAACAUCAUGUGAUUUAGGAUUACAAGCCACACAAAAGUAGUGUUUGUGUGCAAGAGUGAGAGAGAGAGAGAGUUUAUUUUUAUUUGCUCCAAUGUCAAAGGAUCUAAUCAUACACUCUAUUGCUCCAUUUCUAAAUCUGUACUUUAUUAAAUCUGUACUUUUCCUGUUCACUAUAUACAAACAUUUAGCAGAUUGGAAGCAGGAACAUUUCCAGAUCCAAAUAUGAAUACAGAGAAGAAGGUUAAACUACCACAC